AUGUCUAACGAAUGGACCAAGAAGACCUUCACUCUUAACACCAUCCCCGCUGUCGGCCUCGGUACCUGGCAGUCAAAGCCCAACGAAUUUCGCGAAGCCGUCAAGGCCGCUCUCCUCGCUGGCUACCGUCAUAUCGACACUGCUCUCGCCUAUGGCAACGAGGCUGAGGUCGGUCUCGGCAUCAAGGACUCUGGUGUCCCUCGUGAGGAGAUCUGGAUCACCACUAAGCUUGACAACCCCUGGCACAAGCGCGUCGAAGAGGGCAUCACCUCUUCGCUCAAGGACCUCCAGACCGACUACGUCGACCUUUAUCUGAUAGAGCUCCAGAAGCUGCCCGCCUCUGGCCGCGUCAAGAACAUCGGUGUCUCCAACUUCGCCAUCAAGAACCUCGAGAUCCUCCUCAAGGACGAGUCAUGCAAGACCGUCCCCGCUGUCAACCAGGUCGAGCUCCACCCCAACAACCCUUCCCCCAAGCUCAUCGACUACUGCAAGGAGAAGGGCAUCCACUGCACUGCCUACUCCUGCCUCGGCUCCACCAACUCUCCUCUUGCCCACGACGAGGCCUUGAAGAAGAUUGCUGAGAGCAAGGGCAAGUCCACUGCUCAGNNUCUCAUGUGGGGUCUCCAGCGCGGUACCUCUGUCAUCCCCAAGUCCGUCACCACCUCCAGAAUCGAGGGCAACUUCCAGCUUGACGGCUGGUCAUUGACCGACGACGAGAUGAAGCAGCUCAGCAGCCGCCCCGACCGCUUCAAGGUCUGCGGCGAUGCCUGGUUGCCCGUCAAGGUCUUCUUCGGCGACGACGAGUAA